UGGGAAAGCUUCUGGUUGCCCUGGCAAUCCAAGAUGGCGGAGGGGCUAGUGAAGAGUUCACGUAAAACUCCAACUAAAUUUGACCUGGAUGGCUGGCAGCCGAGUUUUGAAGCAGAUGGGACGCCUUCCUGUAUCAAGUGGACCAUUGAGGAUGUAGCAGAAUGGAUUGAAUACUUAGGAUUCAAACAGUACCGAAGGCCAUUUUCUGACAAUUUAGUCAACGGUCGAAGGCUGAUUCAAGUGGAUGCAUCCACCCUACCACGUAUGGGUGUCACAGACUUUGAACAUAUCAAGUUUAUCUCUAAGAAAAUCCGUGAAGCCCUUGGUAUAGAAGACCCAUACUGGAAUAGAAGCAUUUCCCUCCCUCACAGGGAGGUCCUGGGGAUGUAUCUAGAAAAGAAGAGCAAGACUGGGGCUGAGGCAGAUAUCUUGACAUUUGAGGAAUACAUUCGCCAGCUCGAAAAGGAAGAGAGAUUGAAGAGAAAGAGUAGCAAAAAUGAAUAGAAAAGCAUAUCUUCUGUAAAUACUGUAGAUAAUAAAGUUUCUUCUAAAAGCAAAA